UCUGUUUGCGUGGAACACAGCACUUUGUGUGUUUCUAGUUAUGAAUUUUACAUGAAGGUUUUUAUGCUAAUUGAGUAAGAAAACUUGUGGUGUCAAUCAUCCGCAGUCUUCUCACGCAUGCAAAAGAUAUUGACACGUUCGAGCUUCAACAGAGAGUUGAGUGGCAGAUUGGAAACACGACCGCCAACUGAGCGUAACACUCUGUGAAAUAUAACAGCUAUCAUAAAGUGUUGUUUCUUUCAAAGGAUCUGAGGUCGAAAAGUGACAAGGAAGAGACUUGUAGUUUGACCGGCAGCGGACGUUCCGAAAUUCGUCACUGCCUCGGGCGCGCGGACAUCUUGGAUUGUUCCAAACGUUUAUUUGCCAACAGCCAAAUCUUGCCGCGUUAUGGAAGGAAACGUGAUGAAUUCAGUGCAAGUUCCCGGGAUGAUGUCUGGUCAGCAAGCGGCCAUGGAACAAAUGAAAGCUUCUGAAGAAGGUCCGGACGGCCGUAAGCAGGACAUCGGCGACAUUUUACAACAAAUUAUGAACAUUACAGAUCAGUCGUUGGACGAGGCGCAAGCGAGGUAAGGUGAAAUCGAAUACGUCGUAAAUUUCGUGUCCGUUUCUUGCCACUGCCGACGUGCUGUAGUGACAUUAGUCUUGUUCAGUUUACUCUUGUGUAUACUCUUAGCUGUCGAUCUUUUGACUGCAUGCGUUAUGGUUUAUGAUAAUUCAUUGUUUUCUAAUCACACAUCUCCUCUCCUCUAGGAAGCACGCGUUGAACUGCCAUCGCAUGAAGCCCGCCCUUUUCAACGUCCUGUGCGAGAUCAAGGAAAAAACAGGCAAGUAAUGACAGCUUGAUAACACACGUGUUUUGGUUUUUAGAGACCUUUCUUCCACCGCUGUCGUUUGCUUCUGUAAUCCGGAGGUAUUCAGUAAAUCCCCGAGUUUUGUUUGCACAGUUCCUCGACAGAACGACUCAUCACAAGCUCAAGGAAUUAAAGCUUACUGCACGUACAUUCACACACACUUCCCCUCAUUCUAUCGAUAGCCCUUCAAUUUUUUAUUUUCCCCUGUUUUGGUUUGUUAUCCAACACGUAUAGAUAUCAAUUCACAGGGCGAUUUUCUCAUCGAACUAAUUCUCUUUGGGGCGAUUAUCUUUAAUAGAGCCGUAAAUUAAUCUCACAAGGUCCCCAUGAAAUACUUUAACUUUGUCACACGAUCGGCAAUUAGGAUUACUGUUUGUCUCGAGAAUUGAUGACGCGUUAACGCUCGUAAAAACGUGUUUAAUUCCGUGAAGAAGACCUCUAUCAAUUCGUUGUUUUGUCUUCAAUGCAAUCAUAAAUUUCUCGGUACGUUGAAAGCUGCUACUUCCCCUUUUUUCACUCGAUUGCCCUUACGGCUGUGAUUAUUGCAUGAGUAGGUGGCGAUUAUACAUGGUGGUGCUAAGCUUUUAUUUUGGUGUUAGCAUAAUAGAAUGUUUUUAAUGUUUAUUGUUUGUCUGCCGGGUUUCCUUUCGCAAACAAUAGAUUUCGAUCCUACCCAAACAAAAUACCUGUAAUAUAGGUUUAAUUCUCUCCUCCUGAUAGAUCGAUUUUUAUACAUCUCGGACUCUACCUUACGUUUUAAUUUUAGUUUAAGUUUUUAUUCUUACCAGUCCACAAAGUUAGGAAAAGCCAGCGUAACGGUUAAGUGAUCUCAGUGUAAAAGCUCUUCUUAAGCUACCAGGAUUAGGGAUCCAAUUUAGUUAUUAAAUCUUUCCAUAAUAUUUCCGUUUGUUUGGUCUAGAUUUAUUUGCAGGACUUAAGAGUUCAGUACUUUUUAAGUCUUUUAACAGGUGCACUGAUUUUUUUUCAUUUGUAUGAAAGGGAUCAUUUCAUUGACAAUUACCUCACAAUUCUUUAUCCAAAACAGUUCAAUUUUGUUACUGGCAACUGGAUUCAAAAAGUGCUAUAGGCACAUGGGCCGAGCACGCUUUUAGUAGGAUGUGUUAAGUGUAUAGAGCACAAUCCUGCUUUGAAGCAGCCAAUCACAAAGAGCAGAAUUUUAACUCCACAUGUAACAUCCUGAUUUUAAUUAAGAUCUUUGAGAAGAGUGAGCUUUUGUUUCACAAUUUUUUUAUUUUGUUCAUUAAUUAAUCCUUGAAACCCCAAGUUUGAUCCUAGACAAAUGGUCUUCUUCCUGUUUGGGUUUUAUCUAUAUUUUUGAGUAAAAUAUCGAAAACUGUAUUCAAACAUGCAGACAAACGAAUCAUGAAAGUUACCAUUCUUACAGUGCAACUUAAGUAACUUACGUAUAAUGUAAGAUCAUUUAUGAUAUGAAGAGUUUUUUUUGAAGCAUUCUAAUUAAGUAAUGGUUUGUGGUAGAAUGAUGAUAGUAGACCACAGAGCAUUGAGAUUAAUGCAGUGUUUAAAUUCAGGAAAAUUAAGAUUCAUUGAGAAUUAAUGCCCUUUGACGGCAUACAAAUAGUGAUGCAUUCAUUAUUCCAUCUAAGGUGUGGAUGUAACAUCGAAUGAAGUUUAAUAUGUAUAUGCCUGUUCGCCUGGUCGUCACACAGUUAACAUCUACCCCAAGUACUGACUUAAUUAAUAGUAUAUGAUAUAUAUAUGAAGAAAAGCAACAAUAGUUAAAAAUAAUGUAUAUCUUUAGUCUGGAGGUUUUUCGAAUUUGGCAACUGAUUGAUUGUUACUCUUCUGAUUCUUCUGCAACUGAUUGUUACUCUUCUGUGAUACCAUGUUCUCUCAGCCACAGUACAUUGACACUGCUGUUCUCUUUAGAGUCAAGAAAAGGUUUUAAAAUCUCUUUGUUCAGAAAGCCAUCUAAUAUGGAAGACUUGUUUGUGUGGUAAAGGCCGCGAUGUUGUAAUUUAAGUUUUAAGAUUUGUCUCACUGUUUGUGGUAAUUUUGGUCUCAUUAAACCUCAUUUAGUAGUUAUUGAUGUUACUGUAAAGAUCUGUUAACUCAAAAACAAGAAAGACAUGCAUGCAAUUUAAUUGGAGCUAAUAAAUUGAUUAAUUGGAACAAGAAUAGUAAUAAUGGUGGAAACAGCAACAAAAGCAUUUUUAGAAACAUCUCGUUCACAAACAAGGUUGGCAACUUAUAAUUUUUUAUUUGGAGACUCAAAAAUAAAAGAAACCUGGCUUGCAGCCCUGGUAGGUACAAAAACUGAUUGGCGUGUGACAUAUUUGGCUGGUUCUAAACUUAGGAGAGAAGGAAGUUGUACUUUGGGCUAAAAAGACAGUGAACUGCAAUUGGCCAUCUUUAAGGUGCAACCCAAUGAUGAUUUCAUCCUAAAUAUAUUGAAACAGCUUUAGGCUAUCUAGAGUACUUUUAGAUCUCUUGAAAUGCAUUCUAAGUCGCGCUAUAAAAUUCGUAUCUGUUCGGUCAUCCUAGGAAAACUUGAGUCUUUUCAAAAUUACAAGGGUUCCGGUAUUAUUUUCCCGAAAAUUUUAGAUGUGCAUUUAAAACACCAAUGGGUUUUGGAACUGCACUCCUUUCUCAGCCAAUCAAAACUGAGUAAUUUUUUCGUGUAUAUUAUUGAACAUAUUUCAAAAGUGAAAAUUUUUGAAGACGAAAAGUUUAGGUUUCCUUUUUUUCUAUGAAAAAAAGCCCAACGUGGGGAGUGAAAUGUGAAAAAUUAAACUUCAGAAAAUUGUAGGGAAUUUAAAGGGUAAGCUUCAAAAUUGUACAUGAAUGGAACGGUCAUCUAGAAAUUUUUAGCUGUCUUCAAGGAAGAGAAAAUUCUCGGCAAUAUUUGCUUCUUUGAACAAAUAUUCUAUAGAAAACAGUCCUUGGGUGCUGCUUAUUUCUGAGUUCCAAAAACUCUCUCUUUCUAAACAAGGCUAAGUGCAAAACCUUUGUUGUCACGAAAAUGUCUAGAAGAAGGGGAGAAAGUACUUUGUAGAUGUGGGCGUUUGCAUUUAUUAUUAAAGGUAACUAUUCAUGUAUGUUCUGGCUCAAGUUUUUCUUUGAUUUAAAAUUUUUGUGAUUGUCUCACAACAAUUCACACAAUCUGAGUCAGACAAAAACUCAAGAUAAACUGGUUUUUCAAACCAAAGAAAACCACAACGUACAUGUAUAAAUGUACAUUUAAUAACAUAGUAAUAAAAAAUUAUUUUCAACAGCUAACAUUUUGUAAAAAUAGCCCAGCCCUGGACCCUAUUUACUGGUACAGCGAGUUGUGGCAUGUAUUUUUACUAAUCUGAAAAUACAUUCUUUAGUUAAUUACACUGUAGUUAUUUUUUAGAAGUCUGUGAUUUCUUCUUGGAAAGACAUUGAGAAGUGUAUACAUGUAUGUUACCAGUCAAAAUAAAAUGCAGGUUAAAAUUUUUUCACCUAGGUUGAUUCUCUAGUUCUUUUGUCUCCUAGCCCUAAUUAUCCAUGAAUUAGGGCUAGGAGACAAAGGAAAUUAAGAAUCAACGUAGGUUAACCCUUUAACUCCCAAUAGUGACCAAGAUCAAUUUUCUCCUAACAAUAUCCAUACAUUGUCAACAGAUAAGUUAUGAGAAUUAAUAAAAUGAUCACCCAAGUAAAAAUGCCUUGAUCUUUUAUCAAAUUCUCUUAACUCAUUCUUAAAGGAAAUGUAUAGAGAUCAGUUUGGAGAAUUUGUAUGUAGAUACUGGGGCUUAAAGGGUUAAAAAACUUUAACCUGAAUUUAGUUUUGACCUGUGACAUAUUGUCAUCCUUUCUAUUUUUCAUUAUUUACAAUCCUAACAACAUUUCAGUUUCUAUCAGAGUAAUAUUAUAUCACUUUCAUUUACAAAAAUAAAAUGCCAAAAAAAGUCACCACGAAAUGUAUAAACUAAUAUGAUAUAGAUGUUAAAAAGGAGCUUAAAUUGGAAAGAAGCUGAGCAUGUAUUUUUGUUGGAAGUGCAUUCCAAUAAAGAGUAUAUAGACAGUAAUGAUAAUGUUGCCGAGACCAGCAACAACUGCUAUCUUAGAAAGGUAUCCACCUUGUGGAGAGGCAACUUAAAAGACUGAAUAGUGGCAGGGAUUCAAGUCUUGAGUCUGUUUAAGGAAGAGUCCAUCUCCUAGAGGGGUCAUCUUAUAGAGAUUUCUGUCAUAGAGGUGUCCGGAGCAGUGUUGACUGCUUACCUGUACACCUCAGGAAAAAAAACCUGAUUGGUUAAAGAGAUUAAGAGAAAGACUUCAUAGUGGAAGUAAUCAUUUAAGGUACAUGCAUGAGUAAACACACGCUUUUGCGUGUACAUGGUAAGAGACAAAAUUGAAGGGGUUCUCAAGGCUGUUCUCUAAACAAAUUGAAGGGAUGUCAAAGCUCUGAACCUGUGAAAACCAGGGUUCUCAGCAUAUAUGUUUUUAAAAUGAAAAACUAAGGUUUCCUAGUCGCUUGAGUAAGAGUACAGUGCCAGGGGUCACUGGUCACUGCCAGAGGACCCACAUCUGUGGAUUCUGGAAAGAAAUAAAUGUAAGUGACUUGAUUGUGAUCUUGUGUCACAGUCUCCCUUUGUCUUAUGAGCAGAAGGAAGGCAACUGUAGAGGAGAAUCUAAGGGUCAGUUAUUUAAAUAAAGUCCAACUCAAACCGCAGUUUAAGAAAUCUUUGAAUCUCCAGAUCUCUUCAUCAAUAGGUUAUUUUAAGAAGACAAAUGCUUUUCUAGUCUACCCUGUAUGCUUUCAUGAAACUGUUCACGAUAAAUGGUGUUUAUGUUAAAAUGUUUGGCAAACUGAAAAUGGCUUAGAAUGUAGUUUUGUUAAGCUGACUGGCUAAACUCCAUUAAAAUUAUUGGCCCUAAAAGUUUCUUUAGUCAUGUAGGGUUAUUUCCAGAACCCCUUCAAAUUUCCCUUUUCAAAAACUUGAUUGUCAAUCCUUCUCCCCCAACAAGUUAUAAGCACUGAUUAUUCUAAAAAAUAACAGCACUGGAAUUCAUGUGAAUUUUAUUUCACUGGAAAAAAAAAUCCAACUUAAGUGGAAUCAUAAAACAUUUUUAGUCAAUCUUUGAAUAUUUUUUUUUUCAGUUUCAGUUAGCUAGUGCCACACAAGUUAGAACCACAACGCUAUUUUUUUUAUAUUACUGUUAUAUACAACAAAAAUGUUGAUUGCUUUAAAAUCACUACAAUAAUAGAAAUUUUCUCCUCAAAGGAAAUUUUCACUGAUUUUAGCAUCUUUGUGAAAAUAUGUAUAUAAUGCAAUUAAGUUCUUUGCUGUGGGCCUGUUUUUAAGUGGGUCGUUGUAAAUCUUCAAGUAAUCAUAAAAACAUGGUAAAAUGUAAUAAUUAUUGGGGUGCAUACACACACAUAUAUUUUGUUAUGUUGUUGAUAUUUAUAAGCUGUGGUUCAUUUAGCUUUUUGCUUUGAGAGCUUGGUCUCUCAUCUAAAUAUUGUUUGAGUUUCUCAGCUGUUUUUCAGUUGUAUUAAAUUCUGCUGUUGCCCCCAUACUAAAUAAGAUUUUUGUGAUGAGUGACUGAUGAAGGUCUUCAACAGUGAAGCAUUGCAAACAUUAGAUAGCCAAAUUUGUUGUGGUACUUUAAGAAUAAUACAAAGAGUGAUUUCUUGUGCUGAGAUGAUACUGUCAAGUGGUGCUUUUAGUUUUUUUUUUAUAUCAUUUUCCAUCCUUGUAAGGCGACCAUUAAACUUUUGUUACAUACAUGUUUACAUUUGUAUGAAGCUUUUCAUUUAAGAAUUAUUUAAGUACAUCAAACUUUCUUAAACAUGCAACACAUUCAAAUGAAAGGGAAAGUCUGGCAAUAUGACAAUACUAUCACUGACAGUAAGAAUUUAUUAUUUCCUUGACUCCUCAUGAUUUUUAAUGGUGAAAUUUCUCAACACAAUUUGUUAUGAAAAUUGGAAUUUUGUGGUUUUCUUUUGGCCAGCAAUAUUGAUUAUGGGGUAUAAUGGUGAUCUAUAUGCAGAGAGCAAGUGAUGUUUCCGAAUACUUACACAUGUAAGCCCUGAUCCAAGAAUUUUUAUACUGACUUUUAAACAGACUAAGAAUCCUAAGGCUUUGCUCUGCACCCAAUAUUCUUCUUUACAGUUGUAGCUUUCAAAUGGUCUCACAAAGAUUUUGUACGCACAAACAUGUAAUUGGAUUACUACAGUGUGUAGUUUUUAAUUUUCACUUUUCAAUCAAUGAGCCACAUGGUCCAUCAAUCAGUCAUUCAGUCUGUCAAGCUAUCUAUCAAACAAGAAAUCAAAUCAACUAACCAACUUAUGGAAAGCAUUCUGUAGGAGGCAUACAUGUAGGAUAUUAACUUGAUUACACAGGUUGUGUAAGGGACUUCAAACAAUACAGCAGAAAUAGAGACCUAGCAUUUUGUUUUAUCCAAUUUGAGAAUUGACAAUUUCCUGAAUUUUUGCUUUUUUAGCAUCCCCACUAAGCAAAAGUGCUUUAUGUACUUGACACAGAAAUCAAGUUGUUGUUAUUGUCAUCAUUUUUAUUAUAAUAAUUGUUAUUAUCAGUCAUUCAAUUAUCAAUCAUUAUUUAAAUAUAUCAGGACCAACCCCCUGCCCCCUGCCCCUACCUCCCCCACCAAAAAUAGACAGUCUAUGACUGUAUGUGGCUCCUGCUUUUCUUUAUGGAAUGUUGCAUUAGAAAGCAAAUCUGGAACAAAGAUAAAAAGAAAAAGGCUCUGUAAAAUGUUUCUGUCGUGGAAACUCAUUGCCAAAAGUAUAUCUUUAUGUUCAAGUGGCUGGAAAAACCACCAACCAAGUUUGUCUUGGUUUUGUGAAUAAAAAAUCCAAGACUGCUAACAGCCAUGAUUCUUGGUGCUCUAGCGAUCACAAGGCAUAAACUGUUUAAAUCAAUCCGGGGUUGGUGUUGACUAGUUCUGACCGAUUUGAAACUAAAACCAAGUGAAAAGCACUUGACUUCUCAUAUUUGGUUCUGUUAUCAUUUCUUUGUUACUUACUCACUUACAUUCAGACGACCAAUACAAUGACAAAGACUACAGUGCUUAGCGCAGUACUUAGCCAAAAAUUAACACAACACCUGACUUCCCUCUUAUGUUUCAGUUCUCAGUAUCCGUGGAUCACAGGAAGAUGAACCUCCAGACCCCCAGCUCAUGAGACUGGACAACAUGUUACUUGCGGAGGGUGUGGCUGGUCCUGAGAAGGGAGGAGGGUCUGCGGCGGCAGCAGCAGCAGCUGCCGGGGUACAUGAGAACCAAGCUGAGCAUACAGAGUACAGAGCCAAGUUAAACCAGAUCAGGCAGAUAUAUCACACAGAAUUGGAAAAAUAUGAACAGGUACAUGUGUGGCCUAUUUAUGCGUACGUGAUUAUGCAUUUUGUGUAGUGUUUUUUAGUUCAUUUAUAUUGAAACCAAAUAUGAUGUUCUUCCUUGCUAUACAGUGUAGGUAUUUUUGAAAACAUUAACUUGUACAAUAUAAUAUAAAACUUUGCUUGAAAAAAGGUCUUUGUACAUUCAUAAAUGGCAGGCCUGCAGCCAGCUUAGACACACUGAGACUGUUACUUAGGUAAAACAUUCCACAUGUUUUGUUUGUUUUAAGAAGAAACAUACAGCUAUCAUGAAAAAAAAAGUUAUUAAUGAUUUCCUCCUCUUCAUAUUGCUGGAAUGGAUUUUAGUCUGGCUAUGGCUCUAAACAGGGUGUGCUAGUGCUAGGCCCAGAUAAUCUUUUUUGAUGCAUGUAGGUUACCAUUUGUUUUAAUAGAGAGGAGAAGCAUGAUGUCAUGUUACCAUGGUAGCAAAAUUUCUGGAUCACAGCAACAGGGAGUUUUUCCUUUCAGAUUUAACCCAGAAAAUGUUGCCAACAUUUGACAAAUUAAAUGAAAUUAAAUGAAACAGAUGAAGUUUGAAACAGUGUGAACCCACUUUUUAAUUGAUGUUCUGGUUUGUUGUCGUCCAGAAAUUUUGCUAGUAUGGCAACGUGACGUAAUGACUUCUCGUCUCUAUUGGCUUUUUAGGUUGUCCUCAGAUUUUGGCAUGUCCUCAAAUUUUUAGUACUGCUAGUUGUAACAAUAAUAUGGAGACUUAAAGUCAAAAAUGAAAUGAGAUGAAUUGGAUGAAUUAUUGCUUUUGGAUGGAACUCCAAAUGGAGGUGCAAUACCUAACCAAUUUAUUCAAUUUUUUCAGGCAUGCAAUGAAUUUACUACUCAUGUUAUGAAUCUACUGAGGGAGCAGUCCAGAACACGACCCAUCUCCCCAAAGGAAAUUGAACGUAUGGUGAAUAUCAUCCAUCGUAAAUUCAGUGCUAUACAGAUGCAGCUCAAGCAGAGCACAUGUGAAGCUGUUAUGAUUUUAAGAUCAAGGUUCCUAGAUGCAAGGUACUUUUAUGACUGCCCUUACUCUUUUUAACCCUUAACCUUGAUUCAAACUUCAUUUUUGAGUAGGCUGGCUUGCAAGUAGCAAAGAGCUAAUCAUGGCAAGCCAGACUGUAUGGACAGAUAAUUUUCUUAUAGAUAAAUAUGCAUAUUUUCAUACAGGAAAUAUGCAUUAAUUUUAUAACAACUGCAACAUAUGUAUGCGCUACACUUCAUAAUAUCAUUAAAUCUUUAAAGAAGAAAGAUAAAGAGGAAAACAAUUCGAAAACCAACAAAAGAACCAUAUGUAAAAAUGGCCCACACUGUAUUAUCAAAACACCAUUCCCUUUUGUCCCUCAUCUUAUAUCAAGGGAAUUUAUUUUGGGUAACAUGGCUUUCUUAGCUCAUAUUCAGCAACAUACAGUGUAUCAAAUUUCAACAUCAAAGUGAAGUCUUAAGGUAACUUAUUUUGGAAAUUUUCCAAGUGCCCUUCAUGUCGAUUUGAAUAUUUCCUUUUAAGAUAAGAAAUUACACACACUAUGGUCUAUUUACAGGCACUGCAGAAACAAAAUGGUACCCAAGUGGUGCAUGUAAUUACGCUAUUUAGUUAGACUGCUCCUUGAAAAACACUGUACACUGUAAGGUGACUUUGUGUUAAUCACCCUGGCCUUUGGUAUGUGGUAUUAUUGCGAGGAACAUGUAUUCAAUCUCUUUAAACUGUAAAAUUUUUGAGUAACUGACCACAAAUUUAAUUGAUUCCUGCUAGGAGAAAACGAAGAAACUUUAGUAAACAGGCCACAGAAAUCCUGAAUGAGUACUUUUACUCUCACCUAAGUAAUCCUUAUCCAAGCGAAGAAGCUAAGGAGGAAUUGGCAAGAAAGUGUGGAAUAAGUGUUGCACAGGUAACAGCAUUAAUAAAAUGGUUUUCAUUUUUGUUGAGAAAGAAUUUGAAAUAUUCUUCAUGAAGCAAGUUGUUUUAAAUUUGCAAUUCCUAUCUGUUCAGUCCAUUUUUAGUUUUCAAUACUGACUGAUUCUUACAUGCAAAAUAAUCUGCUUAGAUAUCAAACUGGUUUGGAAACAAGCGAAUCCGAUACAAGAAAAAUAUUGGGAAGGCCCAAGAAGAAGCUAAUAUGUAUGCUGCUAAGGCUGCAGCCGGCGGAGCAGCCCCUGGACAAGUACAAGGGCAACAGGGAGUACCAUCCUCUGGUCAAGGUAUGUACAGCUAUGACGCUAACUUUGACGGUGAAGAAUAGCAUUGCUAUUACCAUUAAUUUUGACAAAAGUUUUUACUGUUUUUAAGGCUUUACAUGUAUGUGUAAAAAUAAAUGAUAAAGCCUUCGUAGCCUUUUUAGUAUGGCAAGAUGAUAUCACACACUUGUUGCAUAGGGAUACUACUGUUAUCUUCUGACCAAUUCCAGUACCUUUGCUAAUAUUUUUCCAUCAUUCAUGUUAUUAGGUCAGUACCCAGCUGUGGCAGUAGCUGGCAGUCCUACAGGUGUGGUUCCAACUUCUCAGCAUCAGAUGCCCAUCACAAGUCAGCCACAGCCUGAGAUGUACAUGUCGGGGGUGCAGAUGAAUGGCGGUGGUUUAGGUGCUGAGUACCAGACGGGACAAAAUGUUGGUGCUAAUGUGCAGUCACAGGUCAGUGUGGAAAAUGAUUUGUUACUCAGUAAGGAGAAGGUUUAAUUCAAAAUUUUAAAAGUAAUGAACUCAUGAAAGAAGCAAGUCCCAAAGGCUGCUAAUUCUGAAAGUAAUGAGGGUUGUUACUUUUGGUGAUGGAAUUUUAUGGUAUGUGAUCUGUUUGUGUGGGUAUCUGCAGUAAAUGUUAAUUUGUUUUUUAAGCAGAGCUUCUGCUUCAAACAUACACCAAAAAUAAUGCAAAGAUCAGUUUAGAGAAACUUGAUAAAAGACUAAAUUGAAUGUGCCAAAGGCGGUUUUGAAGCACUCCUUCAGUCUGGUGUUUUUUUUUUGUUAUCCAAUUUUCUGACACUUGUUACCCAGAAGGUCUUUUUUGUGUGCAAGAUAUCUAUGCCUAUCAUUGUAGUGGUUUUGGUCAGGUAAUUUGGGGGACACAGGGUGGAUCCAGAAAAUUCAGAAAAUGAAGAUCUGUUUAGAGGACGCUAAUGAUCCUCAUCAAACCACUGCAUAACAACUGGCCAUGCUGUAUCAUCUAGCAAGUCACUUGAGUCUUUUAUAUUUAGAAACUAGCAAAUCCAAAAAAUGGUUGGCCCCCUUAUGCUUGAUGUAAGUUUCGUUUGGACACUUGCCAGCUAUAUAGAUACUUUUUAUUUUACUGAGAAUUCAUUAAAAAUUAUAGAAAAAAUCACAGAAAAAGGGGUGGCCACGUGGCCCCCUUGGUCCCACCCCUAAAUGCAUACAGCUUCAAACUGGAACAAAACAAGUCCAGUGAUCACUGUUAUUCUAUUGUAGGUGCCAGGGUUACGUCAUGUAAUAUCUCAGGCUGCUACUGGUUAUAUUGAUCCUGCAACAGGACACAUGCAGGCUCACAAUCAGGGACAAGUGUACCAUGAGCCACACCAUCUUCACCAUCAAGUAAGACUUGUUUUUUAUGACACAAUCUUAAAAUAAAGUGCAGAGAAGAAAUAACAGAUAAAUACACAAUUUAAGAAGUUGUGAAAAGAUAGCCAUGGUGCGUCAACACUUGUGUCCGUUUGUCUAGGACACGAAGAAAUUUAUUACGGAACUUUUUAUGUAAACCUUUGAAAUGAUGUGACCACUGAACAAGCACAUUUGUAAUUAAGAAAAAUACAAAAACAGUUGAAAAUUGACUUCAAAUUACGGUAGUAUUACAAUUAAUUGUAUAGUCAUAAAAGCAAACCUCAAACUUGACAAAAUAAGGUUAAAUAUUCCUUCUAACUUUGCCAUACCGCGGCCAUUUCAAUUGUUUUUACAAGCUCCAUUUGGCUUAGGAACCUAGCAAAACUUUUUGGACAAGAACUCGUGGGUUUUGGAAAACCAAAUUUAACAUGCUUGUCUGAGGGACAAGUGGAUAAGAAUAUUUUUUCUUACUCUGAUAGCCUGAAAAAACUUCAGGCUUGCCGGGGCUCUAACCCUGACCUGCGAUACCAGUGCAGCGCUCUAACCAAAUGAGGUAACCAACUGAGAGCUGGUCAGUAAAUUGGUUUGUAAUAUACCUGAGAAAGUUGAAGAUAAAAAUAAUGAUGAAUAUAUGAAUUUAUAUUAUUCAUCCCUCAGUUCAAAUAAGUAUAUAAAAUUCACAUACUGUAUUCAUCAUUUCAUUUUGACACAUUCAGUGGCUCACCUUUUUCUUAAUGUAAAUCUUUUGAAUCAGAAAAAAAUGCUUUGCUCUGAAUGCAUUUAGUGGUUAUUCUAUUACUCCCUCCUGAUGUCCUUAAACAUGGCUAAAAUAAGAGAAUUCAAAAUAAGUGAAUAAUAUUUAUUCGAUCAAUGACCCGUGCAACUAGCAAUUAAAGUCCACGCUUUCCUAACAGGGCUCUCUCAAAAGGAGUUGAAACUAAUGACCUUCUGGUUACUCGCAUUCUGAAGCGGGGUCUGAACCACCUUGAUGAUUAUAUUUAAGUAGCCCAUCUUUUAUUGUUGCUUUUUCAAGGCAGGAGGGUUUAAUGAGUUGUUUGACUCCAUUAAUGUUUGGGCCAGAAAGUCAGGAGCAGCGUCAAAGGUACGAUCAAAACUUCCAUGCAUUAACUUAAAGUGUUUCCAUUUCCGGUAGUAGCAAGUUUUACCCUGCUGAAAUUGAAAUUCUUUUUUCCGCAAUUAAGGGCUAGGCCAAAUGUUGAACUUUUCAUGAGUGGAACCAAACUUAGGGAGUUAAGUUCAUGAAAAGUUCGACGUCGGGCUCAGUUAAAGGUUCGUCUGAAUGAGUUUGGAUCGUCCAACACCGUCUGAAGAUCGUCUCAGGGACAACCGUCGAUCUACACAGCUACUAACUAAACUGACAAAUUAUAAAUUUGCCUGAUAAUGUAUAUUUAGCCCCGUGCGGGAGAAAAUUUAUGACUUAUUUGAUUCACUUGAUUGGUUCGACGCGUCCUAAGUUCGACGUGUGACCCAACAGACGCUCUUAACUUAAUUUAGGUCGACACAAAUUAAGAGUUUGGUUCGUCUCAUGAAUAGUUCGACGUUUGGCGUAGGCCUUAGCUUAUUUAAUCUGUGGUGGACCUUUAUAUUGUUUCAAAUGAGGCUGGCCAGCAAGAGUAGGUUAACAUUAAAUCCCAUCGACCGUUGCCCCUUCGGACACCUCAAGAAAUUCACACAAAUGGGGAUAUUCUAUUUUCCAAAACUAAAAAAGGAAAAAACCUGCACUAUGGUAAAAAUUUGCACGUGAGUUAAGCUUUUGAAACUGCCUUGGCAGUAAUAUUUGAAAGCUAAGAGUUGUCAGUAGAAACUGUGGGGUGAUGUGAAAAGAAGGCAACCCUUACUUUAGUGUACUGUCGGUGAAGCUAACAGUCCUUCGCUAUCAUAUUUUUUGUUGUUGAAAUAAAUCGUUUACUUUUCUUUUCAAGUUUUCAACGCAAAGUGAACAUCUUUUUACAAUGCUUACUAAUCUUUUGUUUUUGUAAUUCGAAGAGUGGAGAACAGAGAAAGAGAGGGCAAAAUGGCAAAUCAGGUAUCAGUAGAAUUUCAUAACUGUGAUUAAUUCCUAUUUUAUUUUCACUUUUUCUGGUUUGUUUAGCCUGCUUGGCAGUUGCUUGGCAGGGAGAAAUUAAACGCGCGAGGAUUCGAAAGGCGCGCCAGAAAGACUACCAGCCAUACUAUGGCAUUCUAUGAAGGUAACUAUGGACCCGUUGACCCUGGUGUUAUUGGUUGCGAAUUUUCAUGGCGAUUUGUCCCUGCAAAUUUACAAAUGCUUACAACCUGCACGAAAUUGCGACCUAUGCGAAUUUCCGCUCGAGAGUUACAUUUACCAGUAAAAUCUGCUUCGUGCGAUUAGUUCGUUCGGGACUUGAACCCGGUCUACAUAGGGGAGGGGUGGGAAGCGAGUGCGUUCACCGCUGCGCCAUCCGGGCUUCCCUCACAAGUAAAAUUCUUGAUUUCAAGAAUUUGCUCGGUUCAACAAACCGUCGUACUACGAAUUAUUUUUAAAGGAUGUCAGUGCUAUGUUUUGUUGUUUUUAAAGUUAGCUUUCUUGAUUCACAUGCAGGAAGCCGAAGCAAUUCACCUGCAGACUCUCAAGAAGAUAAAGAUGAUCAGGGGGGACCGGAAUUCUCUAGUCUCCAGGGACUCAGUGAUAUGGCUAAUGCUGAUUUUGAUUCGCGGGGAAAUGACAGAUCUCGGGAUGAGCCGCCCUCGAAACGAACAAAGAUGUGAGAAGCGGAAGGAAGCACGAUGCAGACAAAAGGCAUAAAUGGAGGAGCCUUUCGUGGAUUUGGCAGAAUGAUUUAUGUUAUAAGAAUCGAAGGCAAAUACUAGGUCGCAAUAUCAGUCUAAUAUCAGUGAUUAAUGUUGAAAACGUAGGGUUAACACAUUACAGAGGUAUCAAGCCAAGAGACGGUUUAAUUUUAGUGCUGACAUGUGCGUGAGAGGCUUCAGUGAAUGAAUGCCCUGUAUGCCAUUGUACAAGCCACACCGGCUAAAGCUGAUUUAAUAUGAUAUUCGAGACAAAAAAAGAAAGUCUUUCAACUGAAAAAAAAGUCCAGGUAAUCAUAUCUUUGCUUAAAUAUCUGAAGUUUGUUAACCUGGCGACCUUGGUGCUUAAAAGGAUUGGAGGGUUAGAGGAUAAUAGGAUAUAAAAAUAUUAUUAUUUGUGCCAUUUUUCGCUUAAGUGGCCCGAAGAUGUUAAACCUGUUGAUAUGACUUGAUUUAAUUACCUUAUUUAAUAUCAGCAGUAACGGAGCAAUUUCCAGUCGAUUGUCUAAAAUACUAGUUUUGUGUACUUGUAACGUGUGAUGGACAAUAUGAUUGGCUAGUAAAAACUCGUGCCAUUUCGUUGACCAAUCAGAAGAAAGACUUACAUCAAUCUUGACUUUCUUUUACGUGUUUCCCCGCGCUUUUCGUCGGUCACGUGUCUUACUUCUGAGCUCUCUUCCAACACUUGAUUAGGAACCGAACUGUUUUACAUCCAGUAUGUUUACCAUUAAAAUGGCCUAAAAUUAGGUAGAUUAUGACAAUGGAGGGCCUCAAAACUCGUCAAGAACGGCAGAAAUUUCGAAAUAGGGAGCAAGAUAAGUAGUAGGGAAUUUUAAAAAUUUGAUUUAAUUGUCAAGCCGUUAUAUUUCAUUUAUCCUUCAUUUCGUUUCUUUCUGGCAAUUCUUAUUUUAAGUAGUACGGCUAACUUUGGACAAGGUCGUGGCCUUAAUGAUGUACACAGCGCAUGCAAGUCUAGAAGUUUUCCUGCCGAAUUUCAAUUGAAUUGCCGCCUUGGAGUUUGGAAAGUAAGGAAUAGUUGAGCUUCAUAUUUAAAGAUGAUUUUUGAGUUUUUGGCUGGAUAAAAUUGCAGUGUUGACGAAAAAAGUCGAGAUUUUGUUGUUCGCCUCUUUACGUGGUUACCUAGGGGACGGUCUAAACGCGUUUAUUUUAUUAUGAUCGGCUUUCAUGACUAGAUGUUGUGGCCAUGUCGAUUUGGUUGUUAGAAUUUUUUCUUCGGUCACCUUCGCGAAAUGCAGCCGUUUAAUACCGGUUUUUAAUGGGAACGUUUUUUAACUUUUUAAACUGAGAACUAAAAUUUAAAGAGUUUGCUUAGAUAACGUUUAUGAAAUUACGGUAACUUACGGUGACUGGUUGCUUUUCUUAAUCUUUGGAGCUCGGAAAUUAGAACAAAGUGGUUCGUUUCAUAAAAGUUGUUUGUUGGUGCAAAGAAAUCCAGUGUCGAGCCUUAUUUUCGGCGAAUGCGUAUUUUUCCGACACGUAUUUUCCCGUGUGAACUGGAAAAAAUGUCAAGUUUUCCCUUUUACUCGAUUAAACCCUUUGCUUGUCAACGAAAACUUGUUCUUGUAAAUUGGGCUGUUGAAGGCACUUGUGACAAUACAAGCUGAUGUAUGUUUGCUUUUCGACUUUGCUUUUAUAGGUGGCUUACUUUGUUGUGUGAUUGUUUGACAACCAAAUUCCAGUGUGUAUAAAAUAACGUUUAAUUCCAAUAGGAGUACAUUUUGAAGGAAUUUUUGACGUUAUAUAAUUCCUUUCUUGGUUGUCAGUAAACCCUUUUCAGAACUUUUUAUUAACGAUCGACAUCAA